AUGGAUAUUCUAGCUAACGAAACUAUUGCAAAUAUGCCCUCCUAUGCAGAAUUUUUGAAGGAAAUUAUGCAGAAGAAGAAGAAAUGGGAGGCAUUUACAAGAGUUUCACUUACCAAGGAGCCUAGUGCAGUACCUCAUAAUCGUCUUCCUGUCAAAAUGAAGGAUCCAUGGAGCUUCAUAGUUCCAUGUUAUUUUGAGAAUAUUUUAGUUGAAAAGUGCUUGUGUGAUCUUGGUUCCAGUGACAUGCUUGUAAAAGUCGGUAGAUUUUACUUUCCUGCAGAUUUUCUCAUCUUGGAUAUGAAGAAAGAUAUUAGGAUGCCUAUAAUUCUAGGUAGAGGACUCUUAGGCAUGAGAGGGGCUCUUAUUGAUGUUCUUGAAGGGAAACUUGCUUUAAGAAUGGGUAAGAAUGUGCAAGAGUUUAAAAUUUUUGAAACUUUGAAAUGUUCCUCAUAUGUUAAGUCUUGUUAUCAUCUUGAUAUUAUUAAUACUGUUUCUAAUGGAGUAUAUAUCCGUGAGUCGUUAUUUGAUCCAUUAGAAGGUAUCAUUACUUUGGGUGAGGAUGAAGAUAUGAAGGCCGUAAAUGUUUUAAGCAUGGAACAAAAUCUAGUAUUUGCACCCCUACAGGAUUUUCGCAAGUAUACUUAUUGCGUGGUACAGAAGCGCAAUAUGGCUGGGGAGGAAGAAACUUAG